AUGUCUGAUCCUACUCAUUUAAUUUCUAAGCGAGCUGCUGGAAGAACUUCGGUACAUUUUACAAAUGCUCCAUCUGAUAAGCCUCCGGCAAAUUUCAAGCCUCAUGAAAAACCGUUGGCAUUGUCUUAUGGUAUGCCGAAUCACGGGUUUUUCCCAAUUGAUUCCAUAGAUGUCAAUUUAGUUGAUUACCCAUUCCAAAAAAUUACCACACCUUCUACUACUUCGUCUACUGCAGAAGAAGAACCUCCUUCUUCUUCUUUGAAUGGUUCCGAGAACGGUCAUCAAACCAAAACUCCGCCUUCCAGUAUACACACACCACAGUCAACUGUUCAUAUCAGCAGACAUACUACUGAUCCAAAAUUAAUUGAUUUGGCUAGAGGAUUACAAUAUGCUGCUGUUGAAGGUCAUGCACCAUUAUUACAAUUUGCAAGAGAUUUCAUCAUUCGUACACAUAAACCAAAUUAUGACGAUUGGAAUGUUUUCAUUACUACUGGUGCCAGUGAUGGAUUAAAUAAAGCUGCUGAUGUAUUUUUAGAUGAUGGUGAUGUUAUCUUAGUUGAGGAAUUUACAUUUAGUCCAUUUUUAAGAUUUCUGGAUAAUGCUGGUGCUAAAGCUGUUCCAGUGAAAAUCAAUUUUGAUAAUGAUUCUGAUGGAAUUGAUUUGACUCAAUUUGUUGAUUUAUUGGAGAAUUGGGAGAAACAUUAUCCAAACUUACCUAAACCAAAGGCAUUAUAUACUAUUGCCACAGGACAAAAUCCAACUGGAUUUACUCAAUCUUUAGAAUUUAGAAAGAAAAUUUAUGAUUUGGCUGUCAAAUAUGAUUUUGCCAUUAUUGAAGAUGAUCCUUAUGGUUAUUUGACAUUACCAAAAUAUGAAAAACCUAAUAUAGGUGGUAGUGGUAGUGGCAAUAAUGAAUUGAAAAACGAUCUUGAAAUUGACGAUUAUUUGAAAAAUCAUUUGACUCCAUCUUACCUUGAAUUGGACACUACUGGUAGAGUUCUUAGAGUUGAGACCUUUUCCAAAUUAUUUGCUCCAGGUUUGAGAUUAGGAUUUAUUGUUGGUCAUAAAGAAGUCAUUGACGCAGUUAAGAAUUAUAGUGACGUUGUUAAUCGAGGUGCUCUGGGUUUAACACAAACUAUUGUUAAUAAUGUUAUUCAAGAAAACUUUAAAGGUGUUGAUGGAUGGCUAGAAUGGAUUUUAAAAAUGAGAUUGAAUUAUUCUUACAGAAAAGAUUUGUUAUUAUAUUCAAUUUUUGAAUCACAAGCUUAUAAAAAAGGUUAUGUUGAUGUUAUUGACCCUAAAGCUGGUAUGUUUGUUACUUUUAAAAUUAAUUUGCCAAAAGAUGUUGAUGUUUUACAAAAAAUGAAAUUAUUAUUAUGGAAAUUGAUUUCUUAUGGAAUUUUGGUUGUUCCAGGAUAUAAUAUGACGGUUGAUUUAGAGUUUAGUAAAGAUAGAAGCAAUUUCUUUAGAUUAUGUUAUGCUCUUGCUAAUAAUGAUGAAGAAAUUCUUGAAAGUGGUAAAAGAUUGACUGAUGCAGUUUAUGAAUUCUUUAGUAAUGGGUUAGAGUUUUAA